CCCCGAGCCCCGAUCCAGCCAGCUCGCUCCGGCUCGCGCCGGCCUAGGCCUAAGCCCGCCCCCACUCCGCCCCGCCCCCCAGUGGCCGGGGUGCUGGAGGUGCUCCGUCGCGACCCUCUGUACCCCGGCGAACAUGGCGCUGCGAGCGGCUCGGACUCUGCGGGCUGCAGUCUCCAACCUACGCGCCGUCUCUGCACCCGCAGCGCCCUGCCUGCCGCGGCCUUGGGGGCUGCAGGCGGGCGCCAUCCGGUUGCUGCGCACCAGCCCUGCUCUGCUCUCGGUGCGAAAAUUCACAGACAAACAUGAAUGGAUAACAACAGAAAACGGCAUUGGAACAGUAGGAAUCAGCAAUUUUGCACAGGAAGCUUUGGGAGAUGUUGUUUACUGUAGUCUGCCCGAAGUUGGGACAAAAUUGAACAAACAAGAAGAGUUCGGUGCUUUGGAAAGUGUGAAAGCUGCUAGUGAACUCUAUUCUCCUCUAUCAGGAGAAGUAACUGCAAUUAAUGAAGCUCUAGCAGAAAAUCCAGGACUUGUCAACAAAUCUUGUUAUGAAGAUGGUUGGCUGAUCAAGAUGACACUCAGUAACCCUUCAGAACUGGAUGAACUAAUGAGUGAAGAAGCAUACGAGAAAUACAUAAAAUCUAUUGAGGAGUGAAAGUGGAACCCCUAAAUAAACUAGUUUGAAACAACUUAAUCUAGCACAGUUGUCUUAAAUUAGUGGUGGAUAGAUUUUUAAAAAGCAACUUUUAGCAAAAGAAACUACUUACAACAAUGUUACCAGAAAAAAAUACCCCUUAACUUCCUAAUAACUUCAAAUAAACACUAUGCAUCUUUUGCACAGCACUCUAUGAUUUUUAGACUAGGCUCCAGUUAGAAUAUUCAGAAUUCUUGAAAUUAUCUUUGGUAAAACUACUUAGAAAAUUACAUAAUUCAAGGAUAACACUGUUCCCUUAAGCCUUAUAUAUAUAUAUAAUAUUGUAACUUGCUUGCCGCCCCUGGAUUUGGGUCAAAGUACUUAAUGAACUUUCCACUGGAAAUAACUGGCUUUGGAGAAAAAUUUUUGUUAGUUGUACAGUGUCAAUGAAGAACAUUACUAUCUUAAUUUCGCCAUAUAUUGUGUUUGCUGGUGCUAUUUUUAUACAGUGAAGCAACAGUCUUGCAGAAAAAUAAGGAAACGUUUAAUAAAAUAUUCAACUUGA